CUGGCGCCGAAAAUAUUUUCUUUUCAGUAUUCAGGUAUCGGAAGGGUAUUCACGUCGGUAUCUGUGAAUUAUCUUUGUGUCGCCUGACUUCCUAUCAAAUGCUGCCCUCUGUUAUAUAUCAGAACGCAAAAGCGUUCAGUUCGCAGGCGCGUCUUCCGGUGUAUGUACUGGUUCUCCAUCUCCUAUAUUCCAACCGGGACGCAUUCCUUCCUCGUGUCUCGCUGGUGCUGGAAUUGCUAGUUCCGUCUCUCUCUUUCUCUUUCUCUCUCAUCCCACGGCACACCGCACCCUUCUCUCCUCCGACCUUCGUCCUUAUACGUACCAGUUCCACAGUGCUUGCGUGGUAGUAGCCGUUUUCACAGCGACCCCACUACCUGAUCCCGCGACCAGUUUACUGCUAGUCUGUUUAGUACCUGAUGCGGCAACAGUUGUUCGCUGCGCUCUGUCUGCCUACUCUGUUUUUAUUCAAUGAUUUUUUUUCUCUCUUCGCGUCUCCCCACUUGUUCCCUUCGCGAGCGAUUAUUCCAUUCUCUCGCGCGGAUCUUAUCCGAACGUCCGUGAACGCCUGAUAAGAGCGACAGUGUCAGGGUCAGUGUGAGUGGGGCAACGCGGCGGCGUGCAAGAGCGAACGUCGGGAGAGUUUGGUGCGGUGCAAUACGGGUGAAGGGGCUCGUCCUCGUCUCUCUCUCCUGCCCGACGACCGUCAUCGGUUCUCCGUCGGCGGAACAUGUCUCUCAUCGCCGACUGCUUUCGCCGUCUGACGGAUAUCUCGUCGUCUUGCAAAAGCGAGCUCAAAGGCUACAAAGUGACCGAUGUGAGUCGUACGCGCAAAGUCGGUAUUGCUUGCCGGGGUUUUCAGGAUUUGAAACAGAAAGCGUGCUUAAAAUUAAAUGUAACUAACGAUCCAGAGGAAGUGAAUGUCUUUCUUCUAGACGGAUCACUGAUCGAUGAAGAGUAUUUUUGUACAUUGGCACCACAGACUACUUUGAUUUUGCAGAAACCAGGGGAACAAGUGUUAUCUGACGCGGACAUUCUCUACGAUGCACUGAGACGCGUGAACAUUGAUUUCCUCACCGCCGGCGACAGGGUGACGCAAUUCCUGACGGAUAAUCUUAAAACAAAAGUCGCCUUGUUGAACAGAGUGUUGAACAAGGAUGACUCUAAGACGGCGCUUAGCACAAGACAGGAGCAUCCUGAAUGGUUUGAAAAUUUGGAAACCAAUUAUAUGUCAAAGGAAGCGUACAUGCACCGCAGAUGUCAGGAUAGAAUACGCACUUAUCUUUACAAGACGAUCGAGCAGAUCAAGUGCUCGGACGUGUUCAUGAACGAUUACAAGGCGAGGCAGCAGCUGUUGCGUACGAUAGCGUUCUUCAAGCUUCAGCUCAAGGAGGAUCACUAUUUCGGGUAUUACUUUGACAGGAGUAGAGCGGAGACUAAAAGCGACACUGACGAGACCGAUUACGGCCGAUGUUACGACCAUUGUCCCUGCAAUUUCGGUCGUAUUAGCGACGAAACAUAUCUCCGUCAACGGUAUCUCCGUUUGCCUCAAUCGUUGGACACAAAUGUGACCGCCGAUUCGGAUACGAUCGACGAGACGGACGCGAGAAAGUUCCUCGAUUCCGAAAAGAAGAACGCGAAAGCGGCGAGCGACGAAAAAUGGGAGGACAGUUGUCCUUAUCGCGUAAAAUCGCGAGAUACGCAAAUCGCUAUUUGCGACAGGAAGGGCGAGUUUAAAUGCGAGGGUCGAUGGAACGCCGACGGCUGUCCCUACGGCGACAGACACAAGAUUAAUCCGUACAGAUCCAAGGAGGAGCUCGCCUUAUUCUCUACAUGGAAUUUGGAUCACAAAAUUGAAAGGUCGAGGACGCUUAUUCCGCAGUUGCUGCAGAUCUCGCGACAAGAUACGGUCAAUGAACAGGACAUCUACGACUGUUACGACAAUCUGUUUACGGUGAAGAAUUUAAGGCUAGUCCAUAUCAUAUGCCACGAUAAAGGAUCGCACAAAUAAGCGCUAAUUCCGAGAGAUAAAAGUUCUGGCACAUAUAUUACGCUUCUAAAAGUGCUGAUCGCGUACGUGAAUACCAAAGAGUAAUUGUACACGUGAAAGAGAUGUUACAUCCAGAUAUGUAAUAUACGUAGAACGCCUGCGAUCUCUUCAGAUACAGAUCUCUACAAAUAAGUAUAUUUAAUAUGUUUAAGCGCUGUUGAUAGAAUAUAGAUUUAGUGAUUAUUAAUGUUAUAUUAUCGGGUGUACUUCCAUUGCGGCACGAAGUAAUAAGCAAUAACAUUAAUAAUGAAGCGUCCAUUCCAAAGUUUGCAACAUUUGAAAAGGCAAAAGUUUGUGACUCCGAUAAUUAUUUAUUUUAUUAUACAAAACUUACGUAGAAUAGGGUUGAAUAAUACAAAAACGAAAUUAGAAACGGUGUUGGAACUGUGCUCACUUUUAAGUAUUACUUGACGAACGCCAAUGUUUCGAUAAAAGAUCUGCAAAUAUGUAGCUAAAAAGGAAAUUCCAUGCGUAUUUCCUAAGAUGAUUGUCUUUAUCAUUCUGUUUCUAUCGAUAUAGUUACGUAACGAUUUUUCUACGCAAAUAGUUUAAAGAACUAUUUGCAUAAAUCAAUUACGAAUACAGGGUUGCAUAAGUCGCACGCAAUGGAGGAACCGUUAAUUUACUUCAGCGGCUAUAAAAAGAAAAGCUGUUGUUUUAGAUAUGUCGUUGAGCAUUGAGUAUGUUCAGUGCUUGUAGGUAAAAUCUACUAACGAGUGACAGCUGUUUGUUAGCAUCAUGUCAAAUCAGAAACGAGUCGGAGCGACAGAUCUCCGUUAGAAUCGAGUCAGAUCAGCUUAAUUUCUGAUCUGAUUCGACUUCAACGAAGAACCGAUGCUCGUCUUGAGCUCCGUGAACUGUGAAGUAGAUUAUCUUUUAGACAUAUUUUUAUUCUGACUGUUCGAUAAAAGACAAAACAAAGUUCUGAUAUAUACAUGUACAUAUAUACAUAUAUAUAUUAUAUUUAGAGAAAGAUACAUAUAUAUAUGAUAUAUACCUAUAUAGAUAUAAGGCUUCCCAUAAUUUCCGUGAUUCCGCAUUCGUAUUUAUAUCAAUUUUUCGUUGAUUUAAAGUAAAUUAUUUCUUCAC